CGUUUAACUUGGUUUUUCUUUUAAAAUAAUCACACGAUUUCAUGUCAUUUGCCCUCAUUCUGUAUGAAGGAAUAGCAUUGACCUAAAGUGUUCUACUUUGCCCAAGGCACCACAGGGAUGAGCAGCAGGCUUUGAACAUGUCAUUGUUCCAGUAGUAAUGGAUGAUUUGCUAUCUUAACAUCUCCAUGUUCAAGCAGGAACUGAGCCAUCCUUUGGUUCUUGGGUCAGUUUGCUUGGUGUCAUCCCUGAGGAUGCAUGUCUGAUCUUUGCAGCUGGUUCAGCAAGUAAACUAAUUACCCAGGAAAAUACAGUGAUCUAAGACACUCUAGCAUUAAGGGGAAAUGAAUCAAUACAAUAUCUUUACAAAAUGUGACAUGCAGCUCCGUUCCCCACUUGUUUUAAAUGAUGUGGAUCAAAUGCUGUCCUGUUUGUUUGUGGAGUUCAAUGUCUUCUGUGUUAACUUGGUCUACAUUUUAUGCUACAGGUUUCAGAGUGAAUGAAAUUAAACUUCUCCAUCUCAGCUGUUGAAGCGCAGCACUUUUAAAUAUACACAUAUCUAGUUAGCAGAAAGUCAGUUGUUACAGAUAAUCAUUAUUUUACAUGUUAGCAGUAAGGCAACAAUUGCCAGACGAAACUGGCAGAUUUUCCACUAAAGAAAUUGUGGUUGGAGAUGUCUUGGCUUUGGGCUUUAAGUAUUAGCAUUGCAUAAUGCUUUUGCACAGUAGUCCAGUUUCCUUCUCUUCUGCAAAAAUAAAGAUGUGUUUUAUGAUGCAGAGAAGUCUGCAACUUGAACACACAGCAAACGCCUGCAAAGAUUUAAAUAAAUACAUGAGUCUGCCCUUUACAAAUGGUUCAGAAAUAACCAACGACCAAACGUUUGCUACUUGGACCUGAAUAAAAGUUUUUCCUUGAUAAAGAGGUGUUUUUAGUUUUCAAGAACGUACAAGAAGUACAUAUUCAGAGUAGAAGUACAGAGCCCUGAGCUCAAAAAUGUGACCUAAAGGAAGGCAUCAUUUCUUCAAUUUUUCCUCUGCAGAGGGGGUGACCGUGGUGGCUUCAAAAAUUUCGGUGGCUCAAGAGAUCUUGCACAUCGGUCUGAUUCAGGUGGUGAGCAGGACAACUCUGACAACAACACCAUCUUUGUCCAGGGACUGGGGGACAACGUAAACCCUGAAGAGGUGGCCCAAUAUUUCAAACAGAUCGGCAUCAUUAAGAUCAACAAAAAAACAGGCCUGCCUAUGAUCAACUUGUAUACUGACAAAGCAACCGGGAGGCUUAAGGGAGAAGCCACUGUGUCUUUUGAUGAUCCACCAUCUGCAAAAGCAGCUAUUGAUUGGUUUGAUGGAAAGGAGUUCAAUGGCAAGCCAAUCAAGGUUUCCUUUGCCACAAGGAGGCCUGAAUUUAUGCAGCGAGGAGGUGGAAGAGGUGGAGGGCGUGGAGGAUCCAGAGGUUUUGGCCGUGGGGGUUUUGGUGCCAGCCCUGGUGGAGAGCCGAAGAACGGAGACUGGCUGUGUCCAAACUCCUCUUGUGGUAAUAUGAACUUUGCAAGAAGAACAGAGUGCAACCAGUGCAGUACAUCUAAACCAGGGGAUGCCUAUGGGGAUCGUGGUGGUGGUAGAGGAGGUUAUGGAGGAGACAGGGGCGGGUUCAGAGGGCGCGGUGGAUUCCGUGGCGGGCGCGGGGGCGAUCGUGGAGGCUUUGGAGGGAAGAUGGGAGGAAGGGAUGAUUACAGAGAGCGCCGAGACCGGCCGUACUGAGGAUUCCCGGGAAGCCAGCACUCAUUCUGUGAUUCCAGGAGACAGGGGGUUUGGGGCAGCGUUUGUUUUGUGCAUUUCCAUUGAAGUGUCUUUUCAUUGACAGAAUGGCACGUGUGAUGCUUCAUAGUCUUACCUGCUCAGUAGUGCAGAGAACAUGGAUGUGCAGCUGCUGUGAAAGAACGUUUCUACAGUGGAGGAAUGUAAUAAAAAGUUAGCGUUAAGGGUUAAAUUGGAUUUCUUUUCUUGUUGGGUUUUUUUUCUUCUUUUUUUAAUUGCAAACGUACAGGUUAAGAUGUGCAACAUGAGCCGGACUUGUAUUCUACUUGUAUUGCCAAAUUGCAGAAUGUUUUGUAUAACUGAAUAAAGCAGGCGUUUUACUUCA